CCGGACGCAGCCAGUGGCAAGUAACCUCACACCCGGAAGUAUUUGUUCCUGGAUCAAGGCGGCAUGGCUGUGUGUUGAUUACCUAAUCUUCUCUACAUUUGAAUAAAGCACGAUGGCGCCCAAGAGGAGACGAACGGCUCUUCAACAAAAUCUCCAGUUUGCAAGUCCUGUUCAAAUGAAAAGGUUUAAUCAAACGCAUGGCAUAUCGCCAUGUGGUGGUGAUGAGGAGGAGGAGGAAGAGGAUGUUUCAGAGAUGGAAAGAAACUUUGCUUUGUUCAAUAAACGCGGUCCUGCUGUGCAAAAAUCACAGAUGAAUGAUGAAUCUAAUGAAGCCACAGAGGACGAGGAUUACAGUGAGGAUUUUGUGACGGAGCACAGACAAGCCGAGAGUACGGACACGGACAUCACCGGCUCAGAGGAGUCACAUAACCAGAGAGACUGUCGGCCAAACACCACCAACACCGGGUUACACAACAAGACUGAGGUUAAAGGAGAUCUGUCAACACUGUCAUUUGAAGAGAUUAUAAGGUUACAAAGUAAAGUUGGAACUAAGGCAUGUAAUAAGCUUAAACAUGCCACAAAAAAGAAAACUCAGCAUUCUGAACCUGCAAAACGAAAGAGCAGCGACAGACCUCAAGAGAUUUCAGCCAAGAAGCCAGUUUCUUUUCUUAGAAAAUUAGGAUCCACUAAGGAACCUAUUUUGAGGGAUCCUCGUUUUGAUGAUCUUUCUGGUGAAUUUAAACCAGAAGUGUUCAGCCAGACAUACAGAUUCAUUAACAACAUCAGACAAAGAGAAGCAAAGAUGGUGAAAAAAAGGCUGAAGAAAGUAAAAUCGGAUGCAAAAAAAGAAGAAUUGAAAUCUUUUCUAAAGAGACUGGAGAACCAAAAGCGUAACCAUCAAAGACAAGAGCAGCAGAGAGAGAAGGAGCUUCAUUAUAAGAGGAAGCAGAGAGCACUGGUGGGAGAUGGACAUCAACCUUUCUAUCUCAAGAAAUCUGAUAAGAAGAAACUGCAGUUGGCUGAGAAGUACAACGAGCUGAAAAAGAGUGGGAAGCUGGAAAAUUUCUUGAGCAAGAAGCGGAAACGAAAUGCAGUUAAAGACCGCAGGAAACUGCCCUAAAAAACAGAAUGCGGAUCAGUCCAGUGAAAUAAGUAGAACUUGUCCACGUUUUGUUGGACAGCCUUUGUAAACAACAGUGCAGAGUUAGGGAUUGAACUGAGUAAUUGUCUUCUCAAAGGAUCUCACAAUGACAGCUUCUGGUUGAUUUAUUGUACAAAACAAUUGAACAUUUAAGAUGUUUUUUUUUUCUCCUCCUCAUGAAAAAAAAUAAAUAACAUGAACAGUGUUUUGACACAUUGGUGUAUAAUUUAAGGUGUGUGUGCUAUUUUGAAGCCAGCAGUAGAUGGUGUUCUUGGGCUUAUGUAUGUUUUCUUCCAAAACUUCAAAUAUGGUGCAUUUUGUGUGGCCCAUGUGCUGUCAGUCGACUCAGAAGUAAACUUUAGUCAACUUUUCUGAUUGCCAGCCUUACCUUGUGUUCCAGCUGUCAUACUCAGUCCAGCCAUUUAAAGAGUUCUCAUUGGCCAGACCAGCAGCUAUUAAAAUGCGGAAAUACACAUGCAGGCUGUUUAUAUUCUAUCCUUAGUUUGGGUUAUCUAGUUGUAUUUUUUUUUUUAAUUCUCAGAACUGCAGUACAAAAGCAAGCAGGUUUGGUUAUCUAGCUAAUGCAAACAUUAAUAUGAUUAAGUUUUAUAUUGAGUAUUUUCUAGUAAGUUUUAAUUCCUAUUGCUUUGUCAUUUUAGAGAUUCAUAGAAAUUGGCCUGCAUUAAACUGGCCUCAGAAGUUUUUCUGAGAUAAAAUGAACAAAAUGGACUUUUGUUUAAUAAUGAACUUGGUCAUAAAUAAAGGCUAAUAUAAAAAUG